CCAAGAAUAUCAGAAUCAUUUAGUAGGCAAAGUUUGGAAUAUAUAGCAAUUGGCUGAAAGUUACACUACAUAUAAUGAUUAUUUGUUUUCUCUAGACCCUUUAAAAAGCUAGCCUUGGUGACCAAAAAAAAAAAAACACAAUGAAAUGGAGGGUGGUGGUUAUUUUAGCCUUGUCUCAUUUGUGAAGUGCUUCAAUGGGUGCAAAGAUCUUGCUCAAGUCUCUAGUUUUGGUACAAGGAUUUGGAAUUUCAGUGAUAAAUCAAUUGAAUUGCAAAUAAGGAUUGGUUCAAUCUUGAAGAAAGUUCAUACGUUGAAACCAGGAUCAUCAAAGAGGCUAAAUUCCAAGAAAAUUUACAAGGCUUAUAUGCCUGGUAAUUAUUAUAAAGGUGGAGUUAAGAGUUUGCUUUAUUAUUAUAAUGAAUCUUGCCACCCUUAUAUUUGGAUUAAUGAUACUGGUUGUGAUUUUUCAAGAAUGGUGAAACAACAGUAUAUAAGUCUUGAGGAUUUGAGGGAUUGUUCUGAGAUUAGAAUAUUUAGAGAUCAUCAAAGAGGUUGCGUUUCUGUUAGGAAGAAGCCAAGAACUGAGCUUUGUUGACCCUCCGUACGUAGGAGUUCCCACCCUUUCCGUUCCCCCGGUGAGAACCUACAACCUUAAAGAUGGAGAUGAGGGGUGUUUACCAUUUGAAGAAUCCAUCUUAUCGAUUGUUUUCUUCUUCCCUUUUUCUUUGUAAAACAAGUGUUUCCAUAAUUAAAGAUUUAUGAUUUGAAUGUUUCAAGUGUUAUGGUUGAUCUAUGUACUUGUAAAAACUAUAAGUAGAUCAUUUCGUAAAUUUUUAUUGCUUUCAUUUUGCCUUGAAUUUGUCAUUUGUAUUUGUAAUUGUUGAAUAGCAUACUAAGAAUGGGUUACUUGA